AUGACGAAAGAUCGUCUUAGCGCCUUGAAAGCUGCCCAGUCAGAAGAUGAGCAGGAUGAUGACAUGCAAAUGGACACGGGCAAUGCCCAAUAUAUGGAAGAAUUUUUUGAGCAGGUCGAAGAAAUUCGAGGGAGUGUUGAUUUAAUUGCGAACAACGUCGAAGAAGUCAAAAAGAAGCAUUCUGCUAUUCUUUCCAAUCCUGUAAAUGAUCCCAAAACGAAAGAGGAGCUCGAUGAGCUCAUGGCGAGCAUUAAGCGAACAGCUAAUAAGGUCCGAGGAAAACUAAAACUGAUUGAGAAUGCCAUAGAACAUGAUGAAUCAGGUGGUCAAAUGAACGCAGAUCUGAGAAUUCGGAAGACACAACACAGCACUUUAUCGAGGCGGUUCGUGGAAGUAAUGACGGAUUAUAAUAAGACCCAGACUGAUUAUCGAGAACGCUGCAAAGGUCGAAUUCAAAGACAGCUGGACAUAGCCGGAAAACAAGUCGGUGAUGAAGACUUGGAAGAGAUGAUUGAAAGUGGAAAUCCCGGAGUCUUCACGCAAGGAAUCAUCACAGACACCCAACAAGCUAAGCAAACGCUGGCAGAUAUUGAAGCUCGUCACAAUGAUAUUAUGAAAUUAGAAAGCAGCAUAAGGGAGCUUCAUGAUAUGUUUAUGGAUAUGGCUAUGCUUGUCGAAAGUCAAGGUGAAAUGGUGGAUAGAAUUGAAUAUAAUGUGGAACAUGCCAAAGAGUUCGUCGACAGAGCAGUCGCAGACACAAAGAAAGCUGUCCAAUAUCAAAGCAAAGCUCGUAGGAAAAAAAUAUGCAUCAUUCUGACAGUUAUUGUUAUUCUUUUACUUGUCAUCGUUGGAAUUAUUAUUUGGGUGGCAAUAACAGCAUCGUCUACAAAAAGUGUGAGCAACGUGGUAACUGGAGGACAGCCGUCGUCUUCGGCAGUAUCUUCGGAUGCACAAGGAACAGGGCGAAGCCGAUAUGGCAAAUAG